CACGGCUUCAACUUGAAGCUGCUGCGAGGCCUGCUCGUACUCUACCAGAGCCCGCGGUUCAUUUGCUUCGUGGGCAUGGCCGCUGAGUCGUUCACCACCUGCAAGACGGUCCUGGCGGGGCCGCUUGUGGUCGCGCGCAACGUCGUCGAUGACAUCGCGCUGCAGGCAGUCGGCACGGAGCGGCUGGUCGCUGCGCAGCUGGGCACGGCUGGGCUGGAAGUGGCCUGUAUCCUCCGUGGUCAGCACCUGCCCAUCAGUGCCGCCAAGACGACCUUCCUCGCCUCGGGUCCCAGCCUUGGGCGUCAGCUGGGCGAGUACUGGAGGUCGCAGGGCUGGACCUUCCGUAAGGCCUUGCAGGCCAGGAACCUCGGCACGAACGCCACCAUCACGAGGCGAGGGGUGCAUGAGGGCCGAGUACGAGCUGCUGGAGCACUUCGCCGUGCACGCAGGCUGGGCUGCUUGCGUGCCGCUGGCGUGGAUGUGGACCUCAUCCACAAGGCUGGACCCGCAGCCAGCAUGGUGUGGGGGCGCACAGUCACGGGCAUCGCUGACGGCGGGUUGCACAGCUGGAGGCGUGACCUGGACCCUGCAGUCCUCACGGCAGGCCAUGCGGUCCAGAUGCUGGCGAGCCUCCUGCAGUCAGCCGAGCUGCCGCGCAGGAUGAUGGCGCUGGGGCUGGAGUCGGCGGCAGCCAGGCACGCGAGUGCCGACGCGCUGUGGAAGCACUGCGCCUCCCCCAUCGACGCGGCAGUGCUGACUCUCGCACGGAUCGGCUGGUACUUCAAGUCCGAGCGGUACCUCGUCACGGACCUCGGCGACGAGCUCGACCUCUUGCUCCUCGGGCCUCGGGGGCUAGGCCUGGAGGCUGGCUUCGGCGCUAGGCGUGCCUCCGAUCGCCACGAGAUGCGGAAGCUCAGCCACGACCCCCUCUUGCAGCGGCCACUGUACUGGGACGCCAUCGGGCGGCUACUCGGGCCAGGCAGCGAGCUGAGCGUGAGGGAGCAGAAUGCGCUUGGGGCCUACAUCUCCAACGCGCACUGGACGCAGGCCAGGCUCUUUGAUGCAGGAGAGCGGGGGCACGCGCGUUGUUGCCGCUGCGGAGCCGAGCGGGGCACCUUGUGGCACCGCCUGUUCGAGUGCCCUGUGCUGGAGCCCCAGCGGCGCGACGGA